UAAAAAUGAAAAGUUUUGUGAGAUAAAGUGUUCAUUUGAUUGAGCAGUUCUUUAGUCAAUUCCGAACCGUCACAUUAAAUGGAAGAGGAACUGUAGGAGAGAAAUAGCAUCUGAAAGUCAUCAAUGAUAAUGAUGAAAACGAUGGGAUUUCAUUUUAUAAUAGAAAAGCAUUCAUCAAAACGGAAAUUGAUGUAUUAAAUGGCAUCGUAGUCUUAGUUGAGAAAAGGAACGAUAAAAAGAAAAGAAAAAAAUAAAAAAUAGAACAAAUCACCGUUUUAGUGAAAAUAAAUGGAAGUGUAUUUUCAUCCUAAUUGCCAUCAUCGCAAUAUCCUUUGGGCAUCAUUAUGUUCGUAUUUCAUACCUGCACUUUUACUUAGCUUCUUUGUGCAAGAAUGCUCAUCGGACCCGAGUAUAACAUAUCAAAUCGGUCAAUUAUGUGAGAGAUCACAUAACAACUUUUUAUCGACGUAUCGUAAAAUUGAUGGCGCUGAAAUCAUAUCGAAAAAUGAGAGAAAUCUCGACUGUACACUUACAUUUCAAACGCAUUCGAUAUUGCAACGUUUUAUGCUUAGAUUCGAAGUCCUAAAGCUUGAUUGUAAUGAUCAUCUGUACAUUUAUGAUGGUGCACAUAGCUCUGGUAUACAUAAAGCGGAUGUUAGUUGUCGUAAUACAAAACAGAAUCUUGGAACACUCUUUACUCGCACAAAUUAUAUCACACUAAAAUACGUGACAGAUAACUGGGGUAGCGACAAUAGCUUCAAGCUGAUAAUAACAGCUAUCAAGGAUGGAAAGCACUCGUGUAAAGAUUUUCGUUGUGUAACAAAGGAGUUUUGCAUAAGUCCUGAUUUGCUAUGUGAUAACGUGAAUCAUUGUGAAGAUGGGUCUGAUGAAGCUAUCGGAACGUUAUGUGAAGGUGAGCAAGCGCCUAUCAAUGAUACCGUUUUCGGUAUGACGUCGGAAUGGAUUGUUGUGAUAACAAUUUGUUUGUUAUUAAUGAUGGUAGCGUGCGGAGUAGGUAUCGGUAUUUGUAUAUGUCGACGAAAUACAAAUCGAAAUAUAAUAAUGAAAGGAAGCCAGAUGACUACUACUACAACAUCGAACGAUGUCAAUGGUCAGAAACAUUUAAACUUCUAUCGCCCUGCAGUAUUAGCAACGGCUCUUGAAUGCUAUGUUUGCGCAAAUCAAUCUGAUAAUGCUGGAAAGUGCCUUAACACAAUCAAAACUUGUGAACCAGAUGAGGAUGUAUGCAAAACAGAAAUUCGAUGGGGUUCAACACCUUAUUGGGAUUUUGGAGCACCAAAACAAUACUACGUAUCGAAGAGUUGCUCGACAAAGAAAAAGUGUCAAUCUAUAAGAAAAAAGUAUAUGCCAUACUGUACUCAUAUUUGGUAUGAAGAUUGGUCUUGUUCAGAAUGCUGUUUGGGCGAUCGGUGCAAUUACUUUCACUCAUAUGCUUUAGAAUGUAUAGCAUGUGAAGCUACUGAUACAGAUGAAACAUGUGAACUUUCAUAUAAAUGCCCAAAAGGAUCUAAAUAUUGCGAAACUUUAGUCUCAAAAGUUGAAGGAAGUUACUCUGUUGUAAUGUCCUGUUCUACAGAAGAAAAAUGUGAUGCAGAACCAAUUUUGAAAGAUGGCUUAGACGAAUGUAAUCAUGAUGAGGACAAUACAGAAUGUUAUACAUGUUGUAAGGAUGACGAUUGCAACACUUUAGAAGCCGCUCUUAAAAAAUUGCCAGAUGAUAUUUUUGAAACUGAAAAACCUGCCAAAAAAGCAAAAAAAUCUAAAAGUAAGAAGCAAAAUGACGAGGAAGAAGAGGACACUGAAGAAACAGCAGAAGAAAGUGAGGAUGAAGAAGAUGAAAACGUGGAAAAAUCAAAAUCAAAAGAUAAAAAAUCAAAAGAUAAAAAAUCAAAGAAUAAGCAGGAAGAACCUGAGACAAAAGAGGAAACAGACGAAGAAAAUGCAGAGGAACCAAAGGAAAUAGAAAAAGAUGAAGCCGAACCAAAGGAAGCAGAAAAAGAUGAAGUCGAGCCUGAAACGGAUGAAUCCGAUAUAGAAGUGAAAAGCAGCAAUGAAACGACUGCAAAAAUUGCUAAUGAAAGUCCUGAAAAUGGAACUGUUAUAGAUCAAACAAACAUUGACAAUAAUACUGUUGUGGCUACAAAUAUAACUGAAAAUGCAAUUGAAGAAAGAACAGGAAAUAAUGGUGAUGCUGGAGAUUUACUGAAACCUCUUGAUUCUAAUAUUCAAGAAAUCGAUAAGACAUUGAAUGAAAUCGUUGACGAAGUUGAUGAUUUAGCAGACAAUUUUGAUAAUUCAGGAAAUGCUGAAAAUAUUGGGAAUGUAGAAAACACAGGUGUCAAUACUGAAAAUGUAGAUCCUAAAGCAGAUAUUACUGGCAUGGAAGAGACCAAGGUAGAAAAUGGAGUUGAAUAUAAUGCACCACAAAAUCCUGAAAAUGAAUUACCACUAGAAGACAUUACAAAUGGCGAGUCUAAUAUAAUGUCUGAAGGUGAAAAUGCUAAUGAAGGUGGAGAACAACACGAAUUGGUAGAUGCUCCAUCAUCUUCAACAAAAUAUCAAAUUUCAGAAAUUCUUCUUGCUGCAUUUUCCAUUUUAAUUUUAAUUCAAUUAUAUUAAAUUAUAAUCAUGCAAUAAUUUACUGUAUCUGUUCUACACUCAUUUGAGAUUUAAUAAAGUCCUCUUAUCCUUUCAUUUUUGAAAGAAAUAAAAUUUUGCG